UUAAUAAUGCUUUCAUUAUUCUAGAUGAAUCCUCCUCGAACAACUGUAAGGAAACCAAAAUCAAGUUGAACAGCCAUGUCAAAACUCCCCCAAGAAAUCAUUGUUGAUAUUCUCAUCUAUUUACCAGCCAAGUCCCUUAUAAGAUUCAAGUGUGUGUGCAGAUCAUGGCGGUCGUUAAUCUCCGAUCCUCAAUUUGCCAAGUUGCAUCUCAAAAGGGCAUAUGAAGACGAGAACAUUAACCGUCAAAGGCUCCUCGUUGCUGCUGAUCCUCUUUAUUCUGUAGACUUUGAAGCAGCUAGUGAUGGUGAUAAUGGCAAUACAUUAGUGAAGCUUCCUUAUCCUAACGCAGAGAGUCAUAACGACUCCUUCGCUGUUGGAUUAUUUCUGGGAUCUUGUGAUGGCAUAGUAUGUAUACUUAAUGAAGUUGAUAAUGUGGUCUUAUGGAAUCCAUCAACUAGAGAGUCCAAGAAAUUGCCAGGACCAAGUUCUUCUCUGCACAAAGAUUUCUCGACUGGACUUGGUUAUGAUUCCUCUACUGAUGAUUACAAAAUGGUAAUUGCCUCUUCAGCUACUGCCAGUACUGGCUCUGAUCAAAUUAUGGUUGAAGUCUUCACAUUGAAAACCAAUACAUGGAGAACAGUUCAAGGCAGCCUUUCUGGUAUCACCUUGGGAAGUUGCCAUGGAGUAUUUUGGAAUGGAGCUCUGCUUUGGCUAGGGAAGCAAGAAAGUGGUGCUGCUCAAGAUUUGGAUGUUAUUGUUCCAUUUGAUGUAGAAGAAGAGAAAUUCAUGGAGGCUGUGCCCCUUCCAAAUCAUUUUUAUACAGCAGUUUUGAGCAUCUCAGGAAAUUGCUUGUGUGUUUUCGGAAAACUACAACCAUUUGGAAGUUAUUUUGAAGCAUGGUUAGCAAGUGAAUACUAUGUCAAGACAUCAUGGAGAAGAUUGUUUGCCGUCCCAGUUGACAAACUAUAUCUAGAUUGUUAUUCAUCAGAGGUGUGGUUGACAAAGAAAGGGGAAGUUCUGUUAGACAAUCACGGAUGUCCAGGGAUAUUGACACUGUACCACCCAGUAGAAGAUGCAAAAAAGUUGUUAAAGGUAGAGAAUGAUGGUGAUCCGUUUUAUGAAUCGGCAAUAUAUACAGAAAGUCUGGUUUCAAUAUGCUAAUAUCAGAAUCUAGAAUCUUAAGUAUAUGAUCCAGCAAAAUAAAGUUAAGAACCAGACCUUUUCUAUUAAUUCCUUUUUGUUUUUAUUGCAUUUCUGUCCUCCUCUUUUAUAGGUUAAUUUCAGAACACUGUUUCUUCUAGUGCAUGCAAUGCUGAUUGAUUGCCUAGCUACUAUGUGUUGUAGUUAGCCACUUGGUUUUACAGUGAAUUAUAUUACUUUCGUGCCUGUCUGGUGCAUAAGGCGCUGCAAUAGAGGUAAGUACCGGAGAAUCCUCCUUUCAACCAGACCUCACUGUAUAGAACUUGAAGGUGCCCGUGAUGGUUAUGAAGAUAUAUAUUGCAGAACAUGAGCCUAAAUCCCGACACAAUAAGGAGAAAAAUAUCCCAGCUUUGGCAUGGCUGUACAAACAUUUCAAUAUACAUGAGGCUUGUUGUUUGGGAACCUUAGCUUGCAAUUUCUAUACAUC